AUGCAAAACUCCAUUUUGUCACCAUCUCAGAGCCUGGUGCUGAACAGGGAUGCUAGCAUUAAGAUUCUGGCCCAGCUGACAAUGGCUGCUCCGGGCUCUCGGUGGCGCGGAGGCCUCGCUGUCACGUCUCUCUGUGCCUCGGCAGGGCUCAGCUUCCACCCCAAGCGGCCGUGGAUCCUCACCAGCCUGCACAAUGGCGUCAUCCAGCUGUGGGAUUAUCGGAUGUGCACCCUUAUCGACAAAUUCGAUGAGCACGAUGGACCCGUUCGAGGUAUUGAUUUCCACAAACAGCAGCCUCUGUUUGUUUCUGGAGGUGACGAUUACAAAAUAAAGGUCUGGAACUACAAAUUGCGCCGUUGCCUCUUCACUUUGCUCGGGCACUUGGACUAUAUUCGCACUACCUUCUUCCACCAUGAAUAUCCCUGGAUCUUGAGUGCUUCUGAUGACCAGACCAUUCGGGUUUGGAACUGGCAGUCCAGAACUUGUGUUUGUGUGCUGACAGGACACAACCACUAUGUGAUGUGUGCCCAGUUUCACCCCUCUGAGGACCUGGUAGUGUCAGCCAGCUUGGAUCAGACUGUGCGCGUUUGGGAUAUUUCUGGUCUAAGGAAGAAGAACCUGUCCCCUGGAGCUGUGGAAUCGGAUGUCAGGGGAAUCACGGGGGUGGAUUUGUUUGGGACAACAGAUGCCGUUGUGAAGCACGUUCUUGAGGGCCACGAUCGGGGGGUGAACUGGGCUGCCUUCCACCCCACGAUGCCGCUCAUCGUGUCAGGAGCUGACGACCGGCAAGUGAAGAUCUGGCGGAUGAAUGAAUCGAAGGCCUGGGAGGUUGACACUUGCCGGGGGCAUUACAACAACGUCUCGUGUGCUGUCUUUCACCCACGGCAGGAGCUAAUCCUCAGCAAUUCCGAAGACAAGAGCAUCCGUGUCUGGGAUAUGUCGAAACGCACUGGUGUCCAGACUUUUCGGCGUGAUCAUGAUCGCUUUUGGGUAUUGGCUGCUCAUCCCAACCUCAACCUUUUUGCUGCAGGCCACGAUGGGGGAAUGAUUGUGUUCAAACUGGAGCGUGAGCGCCCCGCUUACGCUGUGCACGGGAACAUGCUCUAUUACGUGAAGGACCGUUUCCUCCGCCAGCUUGAUUUCAACAGUUCAAAAGAUGUUGCUGUCAUGCAGCUGAGAAGUGGUUCCAAGUUCCCUGUGUUCAACAUGUCAUACAACCCCGCGGAGAACGCCGUCCUUCUCUGCACAAGAGCCAGCAACUUGGAGAACAGUACUUAUGACCUGUACACCAUUCCCAAGGAUGCAGACUCCCAGAAUCCGGAUGCCCCUGAAGGGAAACGUUCCUCUGGGCUAACAGCUGUGUGGGUAGCUCGUAACCGCUUUGCAGUCCUGGAUCGAAUGCAUUCGAUCCUAAUCAAAAACCUGAAGAAUGAGAUCACGAAGAAGGUGCAGGUGCCAAAUUGUGAUGAGAUUUUCUACGCUGGCACAGGGAACCUGUUACUACGAGAUACAGACUCCAUCACCCUCUUUGACGUGCAGCAGAAGCGAACUCUGGCCUCGGUGAAGAUCUCCAAGGUGAAAUAUGUCAUCUGGUCAGCUGACAUGUCCCACGUAGCUCUGCUGGCUAAGCACGCGAAACCCUUCCACAGGCUUGUGCUGCACAUGGUGAGGAAUGCCAAGCUUGUGGGCCAGUCCAUCAUUGCCUACCUGCAGAAAAAGGGCUACCCAGAGGUGGCCCUGCACUUCGUCAAGGACGAGAAGACCCGUUUCAGCCUGGCACUGGAGUGUGGCAACAUCGAGAUUGCUCUGGAAGCAGCUAAAGCUCUGGAUGACAAGAAUUGCUGGGAGAAACUGGGAGAAGUGGCAUUGCUGCAGGGAAAUCACCAGAUUGUGGAGAUGUGCUACCAACGCACCAAGAACUUCGAUAGGCUCUCCUUCCUCUACCUCAUCACUGGCAACCUGGAGAAGCUUCGGAAAAUGAUGAAAAUCGCUGAGAUCCGUAAAGAUAUGAGUGGCCACUACCAGAAUGCCUUGUAUCUAGGAGACGUGGCGGAGAGAGUGAGGAUCCUGAAGAACUGUGGGCAAAAGUCCCUGGCCUAUCUCACAGCUGCAACUCACGGUCUGGAUGAGGAAGCUGAAAGCCUGAAGGAAACGUUCGAUCCUGAAAAGGAAACGAUUCCAGACAUUGACCACAACGCAAAGCUGCUGCAGCCUCCUGCUCCUGUCAUGCCUCUGGAUACCAACUGGCCGUUGCUGACUGUCUCCAAGGGUUUCUUCGAAGGAACGAUUACUAGCAAAGGCAAAGGAGGUGCCUUGGCUGCUGAUAUUGAUAUCGACACAGUUGGCACUGAAGGCUGGGGAGAAGAUGCAGAGUUGCAGCUGGAUGAAGAUGGCUUUGUGGAUGCUGGAGAGGGCUUUGGAGAGGAAGGUCUGGGUAAAGGACAGGAAGAAGGAGGUGGAUGGGAAGUCGAAGAAGAUUUGGAUCUUCCCCCUGAACUGGACGUUCCUGCUGGCCCAGCAGGAACAGCAGAGGAUGGAUUCUUCGUGCCACCCACCAAGGGCACCAGCCCAGCUCAGGUGUGGUGUAACAAUUCUCAGCUUCCUGUGGACCACAUUCUGGCAGGCUCCUUUGAGACAGCAAUGAGACUCCUCCAUGACCAGGUAGGAGUAACAAACUUUGGACCCUACAAGCAGCUGUUCCUGCAGACCUAUGCCCGUGGCCGUACGACCUACCAAGCGCUGCCAUCUCUCCCCACCAUGUAUGGAUACCCACAUCGUAACUGGAAAGAAGCUGGUUUGAAGAACGCCCUCCCUGCCGUUGGACUGAAACUCAACGACCUGAUCCAGCGCCUGCAGCUGUGCUACCAGCUCACCACCGCUGGCAAGUUCGAGGAGGCCGUGGAGAAGUUCCGCUCCAUCUUGCUCAGCGUGCCCUUGCUGGUGGUGGACAACAAGCAGGAGAUCGCUGAGGCCCAGCAGCUCAUAGCCAUUUGCCGGGAGUAUAUUGUGGGACUCUCGAUGGAGAUCGAGCGGAAGAAGCUGCCCAAAGAGACCCUGGAGCAGCAGAAGCGAAUCUGUGAGAUGGCUGCCUAUUUCACCCACUCCAACCUGCAGCCCGUCCACAUGAUCUUGGUGCUGCGUACUGCUCUCAACCUCUUUUUCAAACUCAAAAACUUCAAGACAGCUGCUACUUUUGCCCGUCGGCUGCUGGAACUGGGUCCAAAGCCUGAGGUGGCCCAGCAGACUCGCAAGAUCUUGUCAGCCUGUGAGAAGAAUCCCACAGACACCUACCAGCUCAACUAUGACAUGCACAACCCCUUUGACAUCUGCGCUGCCUCUUACCGACCCAUUUAUCGUGGCAAACCCGUGGAGAAGUGUCCGCUCAGCGGCGCCUGCUACUGCCCUGAGUUCCACGGGCAGAUCUGCCGUGUCACUACGGUGACGGAGAUCGGCAAAGAUGUCAUCGGGCUGCGCAUCAGCCCCCUCCAGUUCCGUUAGGGCACCCUGCCCCGGGGGGGUGUGAGAUGGGAGGGAAACGGGCCCGUUUCACAGCCCAGGCUCGAACCUUGCGCCUCCCACCAUUCCAGCUGUUAGUCUGUAGUCCCUUCACCGUAGCUGUGCCUGUGCGGUGUCUCGCCUGCUCUUCCCCACCCAGGAAUGCUGUGGUGAGACUCUUCUGCUUCCAAGUAGCAGCAACUUGUGCUUUUCUUUCCUGAUCCAACUGAUGGGAAGUUUCUCUGGGCCGUUGUCUCAAGGCAGAUCUUUUCCAGAGGGCAAAGGGUGGCUCUUGCCGAGCCCUGGUGACCACACAGUUCGUUCAGGAGAAAACUCCUUGAGCUGCCUCUUCCAUCCUUCAGCGCUGGGCUCCUGAGAGAAGAGCCCUGAGCCCCUCCUGCAUCCUGGGCAGCAAGAAGAGCCGUGCCUGGCUCUGGCAGGAACGUCGCCCUGUCUGGCUGCGGGGCCAGCACAGAGCCUGUCCCGACUCGUGGGCAGCUCCACCAACCCCCCCCCCAACCCCUUGGAAGUGGCAGAAGAGCAGCUCAGCAUUCAAGUAAUAGUGUUGACUUUUUGUUUUGUUGUCCUGGCAACGCUUCUCAAAAUAAUCAGCUUCUCUCAUGAAUAAAGUAAACUGACCAUCUUGA